UUUAUCCUUGCCAAAACAGGAUGGGUGAUGACUCCCAAAUCAUCCCAACUACCUGGAUGAUGAACAUCCUUUCUUAGCUUGGAGAAUUGGGAAAGCCAGAUUUGGUGACUUUUUUUAUUUUUAAGAACAUGGAUCCACUGAAUAAUGAUUGCUGUUCCUGUUCUCCAGAAAGAGGUGAAAACGACCCCUGCUACUCAGAAUCAAAUUACUCUUCUUCGAAAAAGAAGCAGUCCCUCAUCUGCUGCCUUGCAAAGCCUCACUAUGGCAGCCUCAUUAAUGCAGAUGGUCAUGCUGAAGUAUGGACAGAUUGGAAUGAUAUAUCCAAGUUUUUUCAGUAUGGCUGGAGAUGCAGCACUAAUGAAGAUGCUUAUUCGAUUCGUACCCUAAUGGGCAACUGGAACCAGGAGAGAUUUGACAUAAAGUACAUCAUCCAACCCAAACCUUUGCCUUCCCAGUUUGGACACUACUUUGAAACAACAUAUGGUGCAAGCUACAACAGCCAAGUUCCAAUUCCAACCCAUAGAUAUAUACGAGAAUCUCACUGGUUUCCAGGACAUCAGCCUGAGCUGGAGCCCCCUCAACCCAAAUGCACAGAGAAGUCAAAUUAUCAGAAUAGCUAUGUAGAGCCUCAAAUUUGGCAUCAGUCUUCUUCAUGUGUGUGUUAUCCUAAAAACUGCCCAACCGAGGGUCAAGGAUUCUAAGAGU